AUCUCCUACUGUUGAAUACUCCCAUCAUCAUCCUUUUGACGAAUAGACUGAAACACUCCUCACAUCGUCCUCACCAUGCAGAUCUUUGUCAAGACUCUCACGGGCAAGACCAUCACCUUGGAGGUCGAGUCCAGCGACACUAUUGACAAUGUCAAGUCGAAGAUUCAGGAUAAGGAGGGCAUCCCUCCUGACCAGCAGCGCUUGAUUUUCGCUGGCAAGCAGCUCGAGGAUGGCCGCACUCUCUCCGAUUAUAACAUUCAGAAGGAAUCUACUCUGCACCUGGUUCUCCGUCUUCGUGGUGGCAUGCAAAUCUUCGUCAAGACCCUCACUGGCAAGACCAUCACUCUCGAGGUGGAAUCCAGCGAUACCAUUGAUAAUGUUAAGUCGAAGAUCCAGGACAAGGAGGGUAUCCCUCCCGACCAGCAGCGCCUGAUUUUCGCUGGUAAGCAGCUGGAGGACGGCCGCACUCUCUCAGACUACAAUAUCCAGAAGGAAUCGACUCUCCACCUUGUCCUUCGUCUCCGUGGUGGUAUGCAAAUUUUCGUCAAGACUCUCACCGGAAAGACUAUCACAUUAGAAGUGGAGUCUUCAGACACCAUCGACAACGUCAAGAGCAAGAUUCAGGACAAGGAGGGUAUCCCUCCUGAUCAACAGCGUCUCAUCUUUGCUGGAAAGCAACUUGAAGAUGGCCGUACCCUCUCUGAUUACAAUAUCCAAAAGGAAUCCACACUGCAUCUUGUCCUCCGUUUGCGUGGUGGUAUGCAGAUCUUCGUCAAGACACUCACCGGAAAGACUAUUACCCUGGAGGUGGAGUCCUCAGACACAAUCGACAACGUGAAGAGCAAGAUCCAAGACAAGGAGGGCAUUCCUCCGGACCAGCAGCGUCUCAUCUUCGCUGGUAAGCAGUUGGAAGACGGGAGGACCCUCUCCGAUUACAACAUUCAAAAGGAGAGCACGCUCCACCUGGUGCUGCGUCUGCGCGGUGGAUGUUAAAGGAGAGAAGGCUUUCACUGAUUUGAC